CCCCACUAGCAGAAAAUGGAGAAAAGCCUGGCUUAUUGCAUUCUUCUUCUUCUUCCUCUCUUUAUCAUCGUUUUUGCAGAUUCCUCUUGUCGGCUUCAAUAUCUGGAAAGUGUUCCUGACUCAGUUUUGCGCUGCACAAGGUUGGUGCAUCUAAAUCUAAGGAGCAAUCAGUUGAGUGGGAGGGUACCUAAUAAAGUCUUAAAAAAAUUGAGAUAUCUCAGAACAUUGGACUUCUCUAACAAUGAUUUUUCUGAGGAUUCAAGACUACCAAAGAGGAAUACUUUUAAAAGUGAAGGGUCAAGGUUAAGGAAACUGAUGCAAGAUACAUCAGAAUCAACUCCUCCUGCCAACAGUGAAUCUGGCAGUUCCAGCAACAAAUGGUAUACGGAUUGGAAAAAACUAACACCAAUACUGGGUGGUGUUGGACUGUUAGUGUUGGCUGUUUUCUUUUUGUUGAAGAAGGGACCUAAGUUAAACGAAGAGAUGGAGAAGAUGAAAACCCAUGGAGAAUCUUCGGCAUCCUUGCCGAAAAAAGACAUUAUAGAAGAUGUGAAGCUGAAGAAGAGAGAUUCAGAGCUUGUGUUCUUUGUUGAAGAGCAUGAAAGGUUCACACUGGAGGACUUACUUCAAGCCACGGCCGACAUAAGAAGUGAAAGCUUUUGCAGCAGCAUGUACAAGGUAAUACUGAAGAAUAAUAUGCAUUAUGCAGUAAAAAGGCUAAAGAAUUUGCAGGUAUCCCCUGAUGAAUUUGGAAAAACAUUAAGGAACGUAAGUAACUUGAAACACCCAAACAUUCUUCCCCUUGUUGGCUAUCGCUCUACCAGUGAAGAAAAACUCCUAAUUUACAAAUAUCAAAGCAAUGGAAGUCUGCUAUGCCUUCUAAAAGAAUACAUGCAAGGUAAAAAAGAAUUCCCAUGGAAACUGAGACUGUCUAUAGCAGCUAGAAUUGCAAGGGGUUUAGGGUUCAUACAUCAGAAGACAGAAGGAAGAGAGAUUAUUCCUCAUGGGAACCUCAAGCUGUCAAAUAUCCUUCUUAAUGAACACAAUGAACCUCUGAUAAGUGAGCAUGGAAUAUCAAAAUUCUUACACCCUAACAGAUCAUUCUUCUUUUCCUCUCAUGCAUACACUGCUCCAGAAAAUAGUUUGACAGAGAAAAGUGAUGUUUAUAGCUUCGGUGUGAUUCUCCUCGAACUACUAACAGGAAAAAGCAUAGAAAUAAACAACAUAGACCUACCAAGAUGGGCCCAAUUUAUGGUGAGGGAGGAAUGGACAGGAGAGCUGUUUGAUAAGGUAGUUAAAGAAACUGAAUAUGAAUGGGCAUUUCCCACGCUGAACAUUGCCCUUUCGUGCGUGUCACGUCUUCCUAGAGAUCGACCAACCAUGGAAGAAGUUUUGGAGAGGAUAGAAAAAAUCAUGCAGGAGUAUGAACAUAUUGAGAUGAUGCCGGAUGAACAUGGUUUAACAUGUUACAACAAUGGAAGCCAACAAGUUUGUUGUUCACUGCACAACAUCAUACCAGAAACUUGGGAUUCUCCUGGAUCAAAUUACUGAUUCUAUGCAUUAGUACGUCUGUUGUCUCAUUCAGAGAUGAAGAGUGAGAGUACAGCAAUUACAAACAUAACCAUUAUUCCUCUUAUCUAUAUGAAAAGUAGUGGCAUCAUCUAGCAUAUGAACAUGGGAUACAUUGUUAUAUAUCAGAUGUUUGCGAGUUAAGAAGGCUGUCUUCUGUAAUUAUCAAAAUAAGGAUCAAAGUUCUUUU